AUGCGGCUCCGCUUUGAAGUCCCACCUCGUUGCGUGCGUUUCUUGAGGACUCCCUCGCACUUUUUUCAGGUUUCGUCCUUCCUCAUUUCUCGCGCCCAGCGUCGCGUAGUGCUCGCGGCGCUCUACAUCGGCACUGGUCCGAGGGAGCGGUUUCUCGUCGACCUCUUGAGCCGCCGAAUCCGCGAGGUCGCUUCUGCCGAGCAGAGGCCGCCAGAGAAGUGCCCUUCGAACCCGUUUCUGUGGCAGGAAGACGCGGCAGGAACGCGGAAACGCUGUGAAGCGACGCUGCAAGAAGAUUUGACAAACGAGACGGCGAGAGACAUCGGUGGCGCAACGCUGUGCAGGCAAGCCGGAGCUGAAGCGAGAGAAGCAGCGGCGGAUGGAGGCGAAGAAGGCGCGGAAAAAGAAACAGCAGAGAGUGCCUGCGGCCGUGCGAGAAGCGGAGUGUCUUCGUGGCACAACAGGACAGGAGGAGGUGAGCGCGGAAGGCGUUUGCAGGUUGACAUCUUAAUCGAUCACUUGAGAGGCACACGAAAAGAUGGCAAGAGUGGGGAUUCCUCUGCCUCGAUUCUCGCGCCUCUACUCGCGGUCGGCGAGGCACUCGAGUCUGCCGUGGACGCUCCACAGCCCAACGCGUUUCCGGCAUCCUCCAGGCGUUUCUCGCGUCACACCCACAGCGACGACGCCGACGCGAGCGGCGCGAUGACGUUUCAUGCGGCCGCCGCCUUCACUGAGGGGAGCGCGGCAGGGCCUUCUUCUCAUCUCGCGGGCGCCUCUUCUCUGCCCAGCGUGGGGGAGUCUGCGGCCGCCAGCGUCCGCGUCAGUUUCCUCCGGAAUCCUCUGGUCUCGUCGACGUUCCUGGGGCGCUGGCUCCCCCCGCGCCUGAACGAAGUAGUGGGGGUCCAACACAUGAAAGCGCUCGUUGUGGAUGACGCCGUUUUGUUCACGGGGGCAAACUUCAGCGGGGAGUACCUCGUCAACCGCGCAGAUCGGUACGUCGUCGUCAACGCCGCGGCCGUCGCCGACGCAGUUCAUGCGAUCGUCCAAGCGACGCAGAAGGGAAGCUUUUCUCUCAGGAGAAAGCGGGAGACGCAGGGGUCCGGGACGGGGGGCGACCCCGAGACCCGAAGGGGGGCGACGGCCGGGUCGCCGGAUGGGGAGGAGCCCCCGGCAGCCUCACGGAGCGCCGCCGGACAUGAAGGUGAAGAGUACGAGGUUGUUUGGGAUGCAGGCUUCACAGAAACACACAACCCCGUCAGCGAUCCAGAGACCUUUUCGCGCGACUUUCAACGCGUCCUUCGUGCGGCAUGCGCGGGGAUUCGCUCGGAUUCCGCCGCGGCUCCCCCCGCUUUACCCAAUUUCUCGCCCGCUCCUCUGGCAAGUGAGGCCGCCCCUCCAACCGCGUCUGCAUGCGCCGUCUCAGGGCGUCAGGUUCCCCCGAGGCCCGGGAGAGAGCCCCAGGCGAGAGGCCUUUCGCGGGAAGGCGAGCGCGCUCUGGAGGCGGGUGACAGUCGGCUGCCGCAGGCCUGUGAUUCGGUGGAGAGAGCGCAGGGGGGGCAGUGGACGCCUCUCGUGCCGAGAGAGGAACUUCCCGAGGCCGUGCGGGGGAGUGGAGGAGAAACGGAUGUCUGUACGCUCGAGCUUGCCCUCCAGGCUGGGUUCACUCACCCGCCGGUGGAGGAUCUCGCGCGGGUGCUUGACGAGAUUGUCAUGGAGGCUGGGGGGAACGGCGCGAGUCAAACUCGAAGCCCGACGCGGCAACCCGCGAGAGGCGAGUCACAUGCUGGGGCGCCGAUUGGGUGUGAAGAAGAGAGCUUUUUGUCCGCGGGCGCAGAGUCAGUAGUGAAGGCUGACGCUGACGCUUCUAACGGGCACACAGGCGACACUGAGUCACUAUACACCACAUCGUCGAGGGGAAGCUCUCCUAGCAUGGUCUUGGCUUCCCCGUAUUUGAAUCUGCCUACCCGGCUGCUGAGAAGCAUUAGUGCUUUGUGUAGACAGCGAGUGAACGCGGCAGAUGGGCAGCCUGAGAGUAGGGAGGCGGCGCGGGAUGCUUCAAAAGUCUUACCAAGCGCAUUCGACCAGAUGCUGAAAACGCGAAAACUGAUUGUCAUCACCGCCGCACCGCAGGCAAAUAGCUUUUUUAAGUCCAGAGGGGUGUCACGGUACAUCCCCGAAGCCUAUGCGUAUCUAGCUUACCAAGUCGCUCGCGCGCUGAAACGGGCCGCCGCGGCGCCCACGGACACUGCGUUCCUCGCAGCGAAGCGCGAGCCACUUCGCAGCGCCACACGGGGAAGUGGAGCAGAGGAUGCUGAAACACAGAGUGCGUGCCUCAAGCUAGGAACUCGUGAAUUCACUGACGCGUCUAGAGAAGGGCUGUCGGAUGCCCGGCGCCCGGGGUCAGACUCUGUGGUGUUCGAGUACUGCAGGCCGGGGUGGACGUUUCACACGAAAGGUAUGUGGUUGCUCGCGAACGCAGACGACAGGGGAAACGGGAAGGACAGCGGGUGCCGUCCCGCUGACGAGGGGGCUCAGGCGGGACUCGAUGUCACAUCUCGCCACAGACGAAGUUCCGCACAGCGGCGACCUGAAGAGCGGUCAUCUCUUCAGGCAGACGGCGAUACCGCCCACCAGAGGACUGCGUUUCACGGUUCGGAAGGGGUGUGUAUCGAGGUUCAGAAGGAGGAACGCCGAAUGGCGUGCACAGAAGACGCGAAAAAAAGCGGAGCCCAUCGCCCCUGCUGGGAAGUGUCCAUCGACCCGCUGCGCCCUGCAGACAGCCAGGCAGCGGGAAGUAAGGCGAAGGAACUGCCGGCCUCCUUGCCGUACGUGACGGUGUUUGGGAGUUCGAAUUUCAGUGAGCGAGCCGAGCGCAGGGACCUUGAGUUGAGUUGUGUGCUGAGGACGACGGACAGAACUCUGCAGUUGCAGAUGAAGGGGGAAAUCGAGGACGCGCUCCGACACUCAAAGCCAGUGGAGGCUGAGAGCUUGAAAACGCGGUACGGCUGGGUGACAUUCUUCGCGGUACAAUGGCGAGCCAUUCGAUCCCUUCUUUGA